CUUUCAGACUUGAGAAUAACACUUUUUUCAGUUAUUUUACCCGUUGUGACAAAGUAAACCUUUCUAAACUACUGAAAAUGGUCUCACCAACAAAUACAGAACAGAUUUUAGAAAACAGAAGUGAGACAUUGCACUCAUCAGCAAAGGGAGCAGUUGGAAGCCACAAUAAAGUCACUGCUUCCACAUCAAGACAGACGAAAAGUAACAAGAAUGGAUGUGGAUUACAUUGAAUAUGAAGAUUACACUCCAGGCAAUGACACUGAAGACAACAACACCGCAGCUGUACUACUGAAUUUCAACAGUCCUGAGUCUUCUUUGACUCACGUUCUGGUAGCAGUUAAUAUUCUUAUAACUGUUAUUGGUCUUGGAGGAAAUUCGUUAGUCAUCUGGAUCUGUGGAUGGAAAAUGAAAAGAACGGUCAUCACCACCUGGUAUAUCAGUCUGGCCAUUUCAGACUUUUUGUUCUGUGUAUUUCUGCCCCUAGAAAUAUUCUACAUGAUAACCUCUCACUGGCCUUUUGGGCUGGUUUUGUGCAAGAUCACCUCCUCCGCCCUGUUUCUCAACAUGUACAGCAGUGUAUUUCUGUUAGUUCUGAUCAGUGCUGAUCGCUGUAUAAUGAUUUCAUUUCCCGUCUGGUCACAUAACCACCGAACAGUGCAGAAAGCAUUUGGAGUUGUCGUCUUCAUGUGGCUCCUUUCUGCACUCCUAACGUUGCCCUCACUGAUCUUCAGACAAACCACAGUCCAUGGCUCAGUCACUCAGUGCUACACACGUUACAUGGACCAUUCCAGACACAAGGCAGUGGCACUGACUCGAUUUAUCUGCGGGUUCCUGAUUCCUUUCCUAGUGAUUGUCUUCUGCUGCUCUGUGCUUGGUGUGAAGCUCCGCAGUUUGACCGUCAAGUCGACAAAGCCUUACAAAGUCAUGGCGGCGCUCAUCUUGUCCUUUUUCUUCUGCUGGGUCCCCUACCAUACCUUUGUUCUUCUGGAGUUAGACUUCAAGAGCCACAGCCUGGAAGUACUUCAAACUGGGCUGAAGGUGGGGGCCACCCUGGCCGCAGCAAACAGCUUCAUAUCCCCAGUUCUGUAUGUCUUCAUUGGUAAUGACUUUAAACAAACUCUAAAGCGGUCUUUGACAUCAAGGAUAGAGGAGGCAAUGGCGGAGGACUUUCGUACAGGUGCUCUCAAUCACUCAAGGUCUAAGUCAAUGGAAGUUAUCUAAAAUUAUCAUAUCCAACGGCAUGUUUGACCUUAGAUGAGUAUAGGUUUUGAUUGAAAUUGAUCAAUGAUUAAUUUAUCAUGAUGGUAAAACCCCGCUGAUUUCCACUCAAUAUCAAAUUUGCAGAACACAGUGAUCCCAUUCAGUCAUUUGGAAUAUGUUGGGUAAUGAAGGAUUGAACACUGGCAUUAAUUUUUGUGACUUUCAACUUCAAGAAAACUUUACCUUCAUAUUUUAUGUAUUUUUAGAUUCUUUUUGUCUGUGAAUGAAUUGCCUUUGUAUUGUUAUGUGUGCAAACCAGCUUGCUUCAAAUUACCUCCAGCAGAACAAAUAAAGUGUUUUGAAUUG